AUGAGGAUCGUAGCUACUAGUACCAGUCUGCUGCUGCUCUUGUCGGGCCAUGAGGUCCACUCCUUUUCUCUCCCUUUGUUGUCGACGUCGGCUUCGACUGUAGCGCCCAGCAAAUCCAAGAUUCAGCGUUCCAAGGAGGAAAUCAAGAGCCUGCAAGAUCAAACCGAAGCUGCUCUAAAGAGGCAUCAUGACACGGACUCGUGGAACGCCCUCUUUGUGUCUUGUCCCGAACGACCCGAUCCCAUGGCCAUUGCAAAAGAGGAAGGAACCAUUCCCGCAGAUUUUCCGCCGGGUGCCUACUUGAGAGUGGGGCCCAAUGGCGCCGAUGCCACGGAUGGAUUCUACGACGGAGAUGGUAUGAUUCAUUGCGUGACAUUUCCUCCAAAAUCCAAAGAACCAAAGAUGCGGCCUACCUACAGUGCCACGUACAUUGAUACCAAAGGACGACAAUUGGAACAACAAUCCGGCAAAAAGUUUCAGGGCACGCUCAGUGGUGUUCCACGUGGACUUCCCAUGAUUCAAUCCAUUGUGAGCAAUGCCCUGGCCUUUCGAACGCUGCAGGCACAAAAGGAUACCUGCAACACGGCAUUGGCAGAACACGGCGGCAAAAUUCUAGCCCUGAUGGAGCAAUGCCCGCCAAGUGAGGUCGAAAUUGGUCAAGAUGGGCGCCUUCGUACCGUGGAAGCCUCAUCUUCUCUCAAUGGAGCGAUCGAUACCACCAUUCCCAUCUCGGGAGGGGUCCUCAGUGCCCACGGACGCACUUGUCCCAAAACGGGGGACAGGAUCCAUGUCUCGUAUCGAUCGGAUCAACAACCCUACCUGAGAAUGGAUGUCUUUGCUCCGGGAUUUGCGCUCAAAGAAUCGGUUGGGAUUGAUAUCCCCACACCCAUUUUUAGUCAUGACUGUGCCAUUACUGAAAACUACGCCGUUGUAUUGGACCUACCUCUCACUUUGAGAACUAAUCGAAUCCUCAGAGACAAAUUCCCAGUCGAAUACGAACCAGAUCAUCCCGCACGCAUUGGAUUGGUCCCUCGUGGUGACAACAACAAGGGGGAGAUUCGUUGGUUUGACUGCGAACCAGGAGUUGUCCUGCAUGCGGUCAAUGCCUGGGAAACGGAUGAUGCCAACACUGUCAUUGUACAGGGAUUCCGGUCCGAACCCAUUCCCCAAGCCUGCUAUCUCGAACAAUUCGCACCCAGUUACUACUACGAAUAUUCCAUUGACUUGACAACCGGAGUGGUGACGGAGCAAACGCUCAAUCCCGAACAUGUGGUGGAAUUCCCCGUCAUCAAUGAAAAACUGACUGGUCUAGAGUGUCCCGCUUGCUACUGUCUAUCGGCCAAAUCAAUAGGUGGGCCUCUGGAAGUCUAUGCUCAGCCCCAAGAAGGCGUCAUCUUUGGAGCCAUUGCCAAAUUGGCGGCCGUGGAUUCGGACAAGUUCAAUAAGGGAGACGUCGUGGGAAAGUUCGCAAUGCCAGAGGGGUUUGCCGUCAUGACCGAACCGACCGUGGUGCCCAAGGUGGACCAAGAUGGAGAAUACAUUCUAAUCAUCGCCAAUUACGUACCCAAGGGUGUCAACUGGAAGGAUGUCGCAAACGAUUAUGAUGCUGCGCCCAUUCAAUCCAAAGUGAUGAUGCUUGAUGGAGACGAUUUGGAUGCAGGGCCUGUCUAUUCGGCAACCUUGCCUUAUCAUGUUCCCUACGGACUGCAUUCGGGCUUCAUCGAUUGGAAAAACUUGAAAUAA